AUUAUUAAUAGAAUCGAGAACUAAAACCUUUAGCAGAGUCAUAAGAAGUUAUGUAAAAUGUGAAAACUGAUAUGAUACAUUUAAAUGUGCACUCUGUUUCUCUUACUGGCACCACCACACCUCACACCUGGUGUCUGUGAUGCACCGUUGCUCUUUGCCUUGUUUCACUUCUGUAUUUUGGUACUUUUUGGGGACCUGGGGGUUACUCAAUGCUUCCGCUUGCUGCUAGCGCUGAUCACUCUGCCCUGUCAUGCUGCGACAUCUGUGCAACAGACCUCCAGCCUUGUCUCCACCUGACAUUAAGACGCCAAAUACUGUAGAAGUACAACUCUGCCACCUAGCCUAAUUACAGAGAUAUUGCACUUAGAAUUGAGACAACACAGUUGGGUUACUUGACCAAAAUAUGAAGAAAAGCGGGUUGUCUCUCCAACCAUCACAUUACACCCAGUCUGGGAAGGUGAAUUCGGAGCCUCACCAGUCAGACUCAUCUGCACCCUCAGUGGAUUCUUUCCAGACAAACUAAGUAUGGAGUGGACGCGGGACACCCAACCUCUAAAGAAUGUGGGAAUCCAAAGGAAGCUGCAGAGUGUGGAAGGAAUGGAGAAAACCUUCAGUCUAAGCAGUGAGAUUGAGCCAAAAAUGAAAGAGUGGGAUAGUGGCUCAAUUUAUACUUGCAAGUCAAUUCACAACAAUAAGGAAUUUAUAAAAGGAAUAAGUAUUUGUCAAAUCCAUGCAGGUGCCCCUCCUUUCAUCCAUGUGGAGAUUCCCAGCUUUAAGACGGUGAUGAUCACAGGAUCCACGGUGAACGCAAUAUGUUUGGUGCGCACCGUUUUUGAAGCCAAGGUGACCUGGCUAAUGGAUGGGGUAGUCACAUCAAGUAGCACAGUGAAGCAGGAAAAAAACGCAACUCAUAUAAAUAGUGAAGUGACGGUUUCUUCAAGUCAAUGGAAACAACUUAAGUUUCUAACAUGUAAAGUGGAACAUAAGUGCUUCUCAUCCACUGAGAAGACUGUGGAUGUUGCAGGGCCUGCCAUUACAGCUCCAUUGGUUGAGAUCAGGAGGUCUCUUAAAGAUUUGCUGAAAGGAGACAGUACUGUGCUGGAGUGUGACAUCACACAACUCUCAUCACAUGACCUCUACGUCACCUUUCAGGCCAACGGUAUUGACAUCUCUGGCAAUCAGUAUGUUGAUCUUCCUCAAGCCCCAGGCCUCCAUUCAAUCAGUAGACGCUUCAUUGUCCCAACAAAACACUGCCAGAAAGACACAAGUUUCACCUGCAAUGUGAACCAAGGCUUCUCCGGCAGCUUUAAGUCAAACUCUACAGGCAAUAUUAUUGUGGACCCAUCAGUGGAACUUCUUCUGGCCCCCAGAGAAGAAUCAGAAUCACAGAGACUCUUGUGUUCUGGAUGGGGCUUCAACCCUCAAAUUAAAUGGUAUUCUGAGUCUCAGAAAAGAUCUCCAUCAACUAAUGACAUCAGCAUGGGUGCAGAUGGACGUGUGGCAGUGACCAGUCAACUUCAGAUCCCUUACGUAGAGUGGAGCACAGGGAAGGUCUUCACUUGUGAAGUAUAUGACAAGUCUCUGAACACAAAUGUGAAAGAGGACAUCAGCCUAUGCUCAGCUUAUUCAAGUGCCCCUCCCUCCAUCCAUGUGGAGAUUCCCAGCUUCAAGAUGGUGAUGAUCGCACAAUCCACGGUGAACGCAACAUGUUUGGUGCGCACCGUUUUUGAAGCCAAGGUGACCUGGCUAAUGGAUGGGGUAGUCACAGCUAAUAGCACCGUGAAGGCAAAAAACGCAACUCAUAUAAAUAGUGAAGUGACGGUUUCUUCAAGUCAAUGGAAACAACUUAAGUUUCUAACAUGUAAAGUGGAACAUAAGUGCUUCUCAUCCACUGAGAAGACUGUGGAUGUUGCAGGGCCUGCCAUAACAGCUCCAUUGGUUGAGAUCAGGAGGUCUCUUAAAGAUUUGCUGAAAGGAGACAGUACUGUGCUGGAGUGUGACAUCACACAACUCUCAUCACAUGACCUCUACGUCACCUUUCAGGCCAACGGUGUUGACAUCUCUGGCAAUCAGUAUGUUGAUCUUCCUCAAGCCCCAGGCCCCCAUUCAAUCAGUAGACGCUUCAUUGUCCCAACAAAACACUGCCAGAAAGACACAAGUUUCACCUGCAAAGUGAAUCAAGGCUUCUCCGGCAGCUUUAAGUCAAACUCUACAGGCAAUAUUAUUGUGGACCCAUCAGUGGAACUUCUUCUGGCCCCCAGAGAAGAAUCAGAAUCACAGAGACUCUUGUGUUCUGGAUGGGGCUUCAACCCUCAAAUUAAAUGGUAUUCUGAGUCUCAGCAAAGAUCUCCAUCAACUAAUGACAUCAGCAUGGGUGCAGAUGGAUGUGUGGCAGUGACCAGUCAACUUCAGAUCCCUCACGUAGAGUGGAGCACAGGGAAGGUCUUCACUUGUGAAGUAUAUGACAAGUCUCUGAACAAAAAUGUGAAAAAGGACAUCAGCCUCUGCUCAGCUUAUUCAAGUGCCCCUCCCUCCAUCCAUGUGGAGAUUCCCAGCUUCAAGAUGGUGAUGAUUGCAGGAUCCACGGUGAACGCCAUAUGUUUGGUGCGCACCGUUUUUGAAGCCAAGGUGACCUGGCUAAUGGAUGGGGUAGUCACAUCAAGUAGCACAGUGAAGCAGGAAAAAAACGCAACUCAUAUAAAUAGUGAAGUGACGGUUUCUUCAAGUCAAUGGAAACAACUUAAGUUUCUAACAUGUAAAGUGGAACAUAAGUGCUUCUCAUCCACUGAGAAGACUGUGGAUGUUGCAGGGCCUGCCAUUACAGCUCCAUUGGUUGAGAUCAGGAGGUCUCUUAAAGAUUUGCUGAAAGGAGACAGUACUGUGCUGGAGUGUGACAUCACACAACUCUCAUCACAUGACCUCUACGUCACCUUUCAGGCCAACGGUAUUGACAUCUCUGGCAAUCAGUAUGUUGAUCUUCCUCAAGCCCCAGGCCUCCAUUCAAUCAGUAGACGCUUCAUUGUCCCAACAAAACACUGCCAGAAAGACACAAGUUUCACCUGCAAUGUGAACCAAGGCUUCUCCGGCAGCUUUAAGUCAAACUCUACAGGCAAUAUUAUUGUGGACCCAUCAGUGGAACUUCUUCUGGCCCCCAGAGAAGAAUCAGAAUCACAGAGACUCUUGUGUUCUGGAUGGGGCUUCAACCCUCAAAUUAAAUGGUAUUCUGAGUCUCAGAAAAGAUCUCCAUCAACUAAUGACAUCAGCAUGGGUGCAGAUGGACGUGUGGCAGUGACCAGUCAACUUCAGAUCCCUUACGUAGAGUGGAGCACAGGGAAGGUCUUCACUUGUGAAGUAUAUGACAAGUCUCUGAACACAAAUGUGAAAGAGGACAUCAGCCUAUGCUCAGCUUAUUCAAGUGCCCCUCCCUCCAUCCAUGUGGAGAUUCCCAGCUUCAAGAUGGUGAUGAUCGCACAAUCCACGGUGAACGCAACAUGUUUGGUGCGCACCGUUUUUGAAGCCAAGGUGACCUGGCUAAUGGAUGGGGUAGUCACAGCUAAUAGCACCGUGAAGGCAAAAAACGCAACUCAUAUAAAUAGUGAAGUGACGGUUUCUUCAAGUCAAUGGAAACAACUUAAGUUUCUAACAUGUAAAGUGGAACAUAAGUGCUUCUCAUCCACUGAGAAGACUGUGGAUGUUGCAGGGCCUGCCAUAACAGCUCCAUUGGUUGAGAUCAGGAGGUCUCUUAAAGAUUUGCUGAAAGGAGACAGUACUGUGCUGGAGUGUGACAUCACACAACUCUCAUCACAUGACCUCUACGUCACCUUUCAGGCCAACGGUGUUGACAUCUCUGGCAAUCAGUAUGUUGAUCUUCCUCAAGCCCCAGGCCCCCAUUCAAUCAGUAGACGCUUCAUUGUCCCAACAAAACACUGCCAGAAAGACACAAGUUUCACCUGCAAAGUGAAUCAAGGCUUCUCCGGCAGCUUUAAGUCAAACUCUACAGGCAAUAUUAUUGUGGACCCAUCAGUGGAACUUCUUCUGGCCCCCAGAGAAGAAUCAGAAUCACAGAGACUCUUGUGUUCUGGAUGGGGCUUCAACCCUCAAAUUAAAUGGUAUUCUGAGUCUCAGCAAAGAUCUCCAUCAACUAAUGACAUCAGCAUGGGUGCAGAUGGAUGUGUGGCAGUGACCAGUCAACUUCAGAUCCCUCACGUAGAGUGGAGCACAGGGAAGGUCUUCACUUGUGAAGUAUAUGACAAGUCUCUGAACAAAAAUGUGAAAAAGGACAUCAGCCUCUGCUCAGCUUAUUCAAGUGCCCCUCCCUCCAUCCAUGUGGAGAUUCCCAGCUUCAAGAUGGUGAUGAUUGCAGGAUCCACGGUGAACGCCAUAUGUUUGGUGCGCACCGUUUUUGAAGCCAAGGUGACCUGGCUAAUGGAUGGGGUAGUCACAUCAAGUAGCACAGUGAAGCAGGAAAAAAACGCAACUCAUAUAAAUAGUGAAGUGACGGUUUCUUCAAGUCAAUGGAAACAACUUAAGUUUCUAACAUGUAAAGUGGAACAUAAGUGCUUCUCAUCCACUGAGAAGACUGUGGAUGUUGCAGGGCCUGCCAUUACAGCUCCAUUGGUUGAGAUCAGGAGGUCUCUUAAAGAUUUGCUGAAAGGAGACAGUACUGUGCUGGAGUGUGACAUCACACAACUCUCAUCACAUGACCUCUACGUCACCUUUCAGGCCAACGGUGUUGACAUCUCUGGCAAUCAGUAUGUUGAUCUUCCUCAAGCCCCAGGCCUCCAUUCAAUCAGUAGACGCUUCAUUGUCCCAACAAAACACUGCCAGAAAGACACAAGUUUCACCUGCAAUGUGAACCAAGGCUUCUCCGGCAGCUUUAAGUCAAACUCUACAGGCAAUAUUAUUGUGGAUCCAUCAGUGGAACUUCUUCUGGACCCCAGAGAAGAAUCAGAACCACAGAGACUCUUGUGUUCUGGAUGGGGCUUCAACCCUCAAAUUAAAUGGUAUUCUGAGUCUCAGCAAAGAUCUCCAUCAACUAAUGACAUCAGCAUUGGUGCAGAUGGACGUGUGGCAGUGACCAGUCAACUUCAGAUCCCUCAUGCAGAGUGGAGCACAGGGAAGGUCUUCACUUGUGAAGUAUAUGACAAGUCUCUGAACAAAAAUGUGAAAAAGGACAUCAGCCUCUGCUCAGUAACUCCAGCAUCAUCUCAGAUAGUUGGCGUAUAUGUUCAGGGACCACCACUCCAGGAGCUUCAGAAUAAGGGACAGGUGACUAUCACCUGUCAUCUGGCCGGCCUGUCUCUUAAUGAUUCAUCCGUUGACUGGAAAGUAGGUGGGAAAAAUUAUUCCCACUAUGCCCAUAAGGAGCCACCAGUGAGUCACAGUAAUGGGACAGAGACUUUGCGGAGCUCCCUCAAAGUGUCAGCGGAGGACUGGCAUGCUUAUAAACAAGUGUCUUGUGAGGCAAAGCACAGAUGUUCCAACCAGGGCUACGAGGACCAGAUAAGCAAAAGCAGAGACCUGAACCCACCAACAGUGAAGAUACUACAACCAACUCUCUCUGAACUGUCAGACGUCCUCCCACUUACUUGCCUAGUCUCUGGAUUUUUCCCAUCCGACAUCAUAGUAUACUGGGAAGCGAAUGGCCAGAGUGUCUCCUCUACUCACUACACCAACAGUCCUGCAUGGAUAUACAGAGGGAGCAGCACUUAUUCAAUGAGCAGCAGACUUAACGCUUCAAAAACUGAGGACAAGGAGUCUACGUAUUCUUGUGUUGUCAGACAUGAGUCAUCUGAAACGCCUUUUGAAAGCACCAUAAAGGAUGUGUUUGCCUCAGUGACCUACAGCAAACCUUCAGCCACCUUGCUACAGGGCUCUGGUGAACUUGUGUGCUUGGUCUUUGGCUUCAGCCCAGCAUCCAUAAACAUCACUUGGUUUCUUGGUGACACAAAGGAACUGUUGGACUUCAACACUAGCGAACCCCAAAGAGUCCCAAACGGAAAGUUUAGCAUCCAAAGCCACCUUCGUCUGUCCCAAGUCAUCUGGUUACCUGGGGCCAACCUCUCUUGCAGGGUGACACACGUAAACGCCACCCUAUCACUGAAUAUAUCUAAAUCAGACACCCUGGAGGACUGUAAUUUCUUAGAUGACAUCAUGCAUGCUGAAGUGAACCAAGACACAGAUGUGGAUAGCUGGUUUAUGGCUUUUAUUUUCCUUCUGUUUUUCCUCAUCUCCGUCAUCUAUGGUGUCGUUGCAACCAUAAUUAAGACUAAAUGAUGAUCGCCACAGGAGAGAUCCCAUUUUAGGAUCCAAAUGUGGACUUUUGAGGAUUUUUGAUGGCAUAUGGCCUUGCUAUUUUAAAGUGUAAUUCAUUCAUUUUCUUUCUUUUUUUAAAUAUUUCUAUCAUUAUGGAACCGGUUUAUACUAUAUCCAUUUCAUUUUUAUGUUUCAGUUAUAUAUUUGGUGUGAAAUGUAGGAGGUGCACGUCUUGUGUGUACAAGGAAACGAGAUAAUAAAUACAUUUGAAGCUUUAAA